AUGCGCCGCGUACCACGUCUCCGGCAGCCGGGCCUGCUCGCGGCGUCCCCGAUGCAUUGCACCUGUACCGCCGCGCCCGCCACCCUCCCCAUCCAAGCGACGGCACGACGAGCCCUCUCGACUACGCCCGCGACGCACAGCCGCCUCCGCAAGGCCCUCUGGAAAGGCGGCGAGGCACCCGGUCCCGAGGACCCCUACACGCCCGAGUCGUCGCAGGCCCUCCGGCAGCAGCAGCUCGAGCGCGAGCUCGCCGAGGCCGAGGCUGAGCUGGCGGCGUACGAGGCCGACGCCCAGCAACACGUCAAGACGCAGAAGACGGACAGGGAGCGGAGGCACGUCACUAGCCGGCUGACGGGCAAGAUCAAGAACCCGCGCGUGUGGGCGCCGACGGAGAAGGAGGGUGAGGCCAAGGGCUACGUGCCGGCCCAAACCGCCGCCGGGCUCGAGGAGAUCGGCGGCCUCGAUGGCUGGUGGGAUCAGGAGGGCCGGUGGGGCAAGGAGAGCCAGUACGUCACGUUCACGCGGGGCGGCAAGAUUCUCGACGCAGCCGUGUGCGAGGCGCUGGUCAGGCAGGCCGUCGUCGAGGUGCUCGCCGUCCAGAGCACGACGCCGGACCACCUGACGGGCACGUGGGCCAAGGGCGGCCGCAAGAACUUCAACCGCGCGAUGAUGGUGCGCCUGGUCGCCCAGGAGGACGGCAGCCUCGCUCUUCAAGGCGACGCCGAGGUGACCGCUGCCAUUGGCCGCGUCGCCACCAUCAAGUCCAACGAGACCGAGGCCGAGGCCUACCUCACUCCCGAAGAGGCCCAGGAGCAGAUCAAGCAUUGGGAUCCGAGCUGGAAAAACGCUUCUCUGCAAGACGUGCGCCUUAAGUUUGCCGUCCACAAGCGUGUCUUCCAACUGACGGGCCAUCACGUCCACGACGCCAAGCUCGCGCAGGUCAAGACGGUGGCGGAUCUCAUCAGCACCAUCGUCAAGCCGCCCAAGCCGACAAAACUGGCCGACGCGGUGCGCGAGCGCGGCGAGCUUCUCGAGCUGCCCAACGUGCGCGUCCACGACCGCCGCGUCACGCCCAUCGACAAGGAGACGGCCGUCGGCCGGUGGAAGGUCAUCACGGAGGAGCUCGAGAAGCGCGGCCUGCCAGUCACGGGCCACGAGCACCUGCCCAAGCCGGUGCAGAGGAAGUGGAUCCAGGGCCGGACGUAA